AGAGCAGCCAAUCAAUAAUACAAAGUUUGAUCACAAGUGGACGUUCUCUCGACCACACGUUAUCUGGUUCACAGCUGCACACGGAUUAGGCUUUGCGAUCUUGUGACCACAAUAUUCAGUCUGCAAACUGUUUCAGGACAACAUUUCAAUUAUAUGGCUUUAAACGGCAACAUGGAGAAAAUCAUCUUAAAAUUCCCUCUGAUAUUGCUGGCGCUGCAUAUACAAAAUGGAGAGUUUUCUGACAGCCCUGUUCUUGUGAUCGUCGAAGCUCCAAAGCCAGAAGUCGUGGACUUCAACAACACAAUCUACACUACUUGUCAAGUGACUCCCGUCCCUAAUUUACCACCCAGCCAGCCACAGAUCUUUGGGCAGGUGCUCUUCAAGCAGGUCUUUCCCAAUGGAACCCUAGAAGUGAAAAUCAACCUCCGUGGUUUGCCUGCUGACGAUCAGCAAGUGCGCGCCAUCCACAUCCAUCAGUAUGGAGACCUCAGUCAGGGAUGUGUCACUGCUGGUCCUCAUUACAAUCCGCGGGCGGUUGACCAUCCCGGUCAUCCCGGGGACCUGGGCAAUUUUGUUUCCGAGCAAGGAGUUAUAAGGCAGUUCCUGAAGCUCCCAGAGGCCAAGCUGUUUGGGGGCCAGUCCGUUCUGGGACGUGCGUUGGUGGUUCAUGAGAAGGAGGACGAUCUGGGAAUGGGGUCAGAUGAGGAGAGCAAACGCAGUGGGAAUGCUGGGAAGAGAAUCGCUGGCUGUGUGAUUGGCAUUACUACUCCAAAUCUGUGGCAGAAGACUGAAGGGCUCCCUGGGGAAGAGGUGGAGGAGGGAAACGAGAGUAAAAGAUGAGAGGAACAGAAGAAAUAAUGCAUUGUGUCUUAGAUUGAUACUUGAUACUGUGUUUGAAAUAGGUCAGUAAGUAUUAACCUUAAAGGGAUAGUUUAUGCAAAAAUGAACCCGAUCUCAUGAAAGUGCGUAUUGGUUGUAGUGAUGUAAUAAGAAGCAUUCUGGUUCCAGAAAGAACAUUUCAUAAAAGAAUCGUAUCUUAUUUGUGUGAAGAGCAUUUUAAAGAACUUUUGUGUAAUGCUCCACUAGAUAAAUGUUCUUCAUGGAGCUAUUGACACCAAUAAAGUUGUAAGUGUUG